AUGGCCUCUUGUGUCUGCAAGUCAUGGUCUAUUUUCAUGUCUUCAGACCAUCUCUGGAAACCCAUCUGCUUCACUCACUACCCUUCUCUCUCUUCUCUCUCCCUCACCGACCCAACUAUCUCUUAUUGCCGUUUAUACGCUCUAGCCCAUCAAUCAACCAAGCGUCGUUAUCCUUCCCCACCUCGCAUAUCCCUCGACGACCUCGUCUUCGCCGUCGACAUCUUUGAUGGCAAUUCUCACAGUUUAUCUCUAGCAAACGCCGGCAAAGACCUCGAUAUCCACCGGCACGGCGUGUUUCGAUUCGAAGUUGACGUUCAGACUGGUGAUGUAGGAGCAUUUGAAUUGUCAACAGAGAUGAAGGUGACAUGGACUAUUAUACUGAAGGGAUGGAAAGGGAUCUUCUCCAUGAUGGAGUGUAAAGGGAAAGGUAGGCUUGUUUCCGGCUGUGAGCAGUGGUUUAUGGAGGAUCUUCCGGCACCGGGGUGCUGCCUGAACGCCGGAGCAAGUGGGUUAGCUGCAGAAUUAGGUUUAGGGUUCAGUGAUGGGACAAAAAUUAGAGUGGAAAAGGUGAGUAUGGGUAUUAUGAAUGUAGGGAGUUGUAGAUAUUUUAGUGUUGAUGAGGAUCUUAGGUACUUGCAACACUUUCUUCUGCCUGAUUUAUAA